UGUCUUUGUUCACCACUUCUAUGAAGGUUUGUUCUCUGCUGUCGCUCCGAGCUGUUGUGUGGCUCCAAUUGUAAAUUAUACUCUGUUGUUGUUGUUUUGGGUUUUUUUUUUUUGUACUCGGCCUUAAAGAUUCUGGUCCAGUUUGUCAUGAUGCAACAGACCCAGCUUCUUGUAUGUAGGUUUGUGCUGGAGGUCCACAACAACCAAUAAAGCGCACACGUCUGAAUCUCUGUGGAGCAAGUGUUUGGCCUUCAGGGGGCGCCGGGGCCACCUGACCUGCGCUCUGAGGAGAGGGACCCCGGGGCCUCGUUCUUUCCUGUCCCCUGCUGCUGGGACCCUGGUCUUCUGCCCGUCAGCAUCUGGGUUUGCAGCUGAGGACGCCUCACACGUGGAGUCCUGCCACUGUGCGCUGAUGGAGGAGGAUGUGACCUUUGAACCUGUGGUCCCUGGUGGGUGACAGACUUGUUUGGUCAUCAUGAGUCAUGGUGAGGUGAAGCUUCUUGAAGCACUCACGACUUGCUUCGAGUCACGAGUCGACGCUUGGAGAAGGUUCACUCGCGCUCUGGCGCCACCAAGCGGACAUGAAACAUAAGCUUCUGCGAGCAUGCGCACACACAUCUGAUCUCAGUUAUUUUCAUUCGACACGAGCUGUUUUUUUUCCAACUGUGUUUGGACUGUCUGAGCCCGACACCUGUGGCCCAUCGUCCUGACCUUGUUGGCAACUGUUCCCAGAGCAGGGGACGCUGUCUCCUUCCCCAUGGUUCCAUGACAACAGGCUGCUCGCCUGACAAACGUUUCUUCAACCCGCAGCUGAACCGCUCGAUCCACUUCCUGGAGCGGUCACGUGGUGCGGCCAGUUCCAUCCCUCCACCGUCACUGGAGCGGUUCAUGCACUCGCCUCCAGCGCAAAAGAAGCUCAGGCCCCAGCGAGAAUUGAACUCGCGACCCCUGGUUUACAAGACCAGUGCUCUAACCGCUGAGCUAUGAGGCCUGGCGGCAGGCCGGCCGCGUGCACGCGCCUGACGGUGACCCCGGCCGCCUUGGUUCCCGCUUCGUCUCUGUGACCAUGUUUCUCACAGACAUCAUUCGGCGUCAAACUAGUUGAGGCGGUGCACCGCUAAAAGCGUCCGUGUCUGUGUCACAGCUCAACUCGUCCGGGCUGAACGCGGCUCCGGUGGUGUCUGAGGAGCGCGGGAUCAUAAUCUGCCUCAGAGGACGAUGAGCGCGUGUGAGGCUCCGGGUGGCGCACGCAGUUCCCAGGCUCCAGAGGGCCAGGACUCGUCGCAGCCCGCCGCCGGGAUGUCAGACCUGUCGGACGAGAUCCUGCUGUGCAUCCUGCGCCACGUGCCGGUCCCGGACCUUCUGACCAACGUGGCCCCCGUCUGUCGCAAGUUCAAGUCGCUGUGUUGCGACAAGAGUCUGCUGACGCACGUCAGCCUGUCGGAGGAGCACACGGCGGACGACGCGGCGGUGCGGCGCCUGCUGAAGCAGCUGUCGGUGCACGUGACGUCUCUCAGCCUCAACGGCGUCUACUGGCUCUCGGGCGCCACCUUGGAGCGCGUGUCACGCUGCAGGUCGCUGACGCGGCUGGACGUCAGCGGCUGUCGCCUCACGUCUGUCCGUCUGUCCCGCCUCCUGUCCGGCCUCAAGCUGCUGCGCUCGCUGGCCUUCGACGUGGCGCCGGGUUUCAACGCCGCCCAGCUGAGCUCCGACGCCGUGGACGGGCUGAGCCGGCUCGGCGAGCUGCGGCAGACGCUGCUGACGCCCAGCUACGGCGUGGUGCCCUGCUGUCCACAGCUGCGCAGGUUGAUGCUGCAGUUUGACAUCAGCGACGUGACCCGGGAGGGCGAGGGGGUCAGCUGCCAGCUGAUGGUGGGGCAGAGCAGCGUGCCGCAUUACCAGCACCUGCGGGAGUUCACGGCCAGACUGGCCCCGGGCGAGGUGAACCAGACGCUGCUGCUGCUCUACCUGGCCGUCUUCAGCGUCCACGUUCCCGAGCACCUCACCGUCUUCCUGGUCUCCAUCCCCGGCCCCUCCCCCGCGCCCUGGCCCGCCACGCCCUCUCUGACCGGCGCGCUGGGCCGCGGCGGCCGCCUGGAGGCGCUGCAGCUGCCCCGGUCCUGGCUGGACCCGCCGUCCCUGCAGGAGGCGCUGGAGGGCAGCAGCCCCCGACACCUGAGCUUCAGCCGCUGCCCCGCCCUGCUGCCCCAGGUGUUCCGGCUGCUGCUGGAGGGCGGAGUCAAGGACCCGGGCCGGCUGACCAGCCUCAACCUCAGCGGCAUCAACCACAGCCCGUACUCGGAGAGCCGCGGUGCCGACGGGCCGCUGAGCUGGAGCACGCUGAGCCGCCUGGUGGACGCCUGCAGGAACCUCAAGCACCUGAACCUCAUGCACACGCACUAUCACCACGACGACGGUGGCGGCGGCCAGCACCUGUGCGCCAGCCUGGCCCGACUGGGGCGACUGCGCUGCCUCAGCCUGCCUGCCUGCGCUCUGUCGGACCGCCUCGACCCUCCGCCCUGCUCUGCGCCGAGGCCGCCGCCCGCCGCCGCCGCCUUCCACAGAGCGCCGCGCCUGGGCCUGCAGGUCUACAGCCCCGACUCGGGCUCCUCCCACUCCGGCAGCGCUCACCUGCUGGCCGCCUGCCGCGCCCUGGACACGCUGGAGGUCACGGGCGCGGGCUUCGUCUCGGCGCUGCCGCGGCUGGAGCCGUGCGGCCGCGCCCGCGUGGAGCCGCGGGGUGUGUGCGAGUGGUCCCGGGGAGUGGGCGACGCCCACCUGGCCGCCCUGGCCGCCUCGCCCGGCCUGAGGCGCCUGACGCUGGCCGGCCUUCCCGGCGUGCUGAGGGGCACCGGCCUGGUCCAGCUGGCCCGGAGCUGCGGCGACCUGCGGGCGCUGUCGCUGGCCAACAUCGGCUCGCUGAAGGUCAUGAACUACAGCGCCGCCCUGCUGGACGCUCUCCGGCAGUGCCGACAGCUGCGGGAGCUCAGGCUGGAGCAGCCCCACCUGGAGGCCGACGCCGCCUUCUUCCAGGCGCUGUCCUGCUGCUCGCGGCUGCAGCGCCUCUGCAUCGUGUCUCGCGGCGGCACCUUUGACCCCGCCGCCCUGGAGGGCUUCGUGGAGCGCUGCCGCCUGGUGGUCACGUGUCACGUGUUCAUGAGCGGAACCCUGGUGGCCUGCCGCAGUCUGCAGAAGCGCCUCCGCGACAGGUUCCUGGGCGAGCGCCCGGCCCUCAGCGCCGUCGUCUACCCGCUGCAGCACGAGGAGCUGCCGUCCGUCAUCCGAGACAUCCCGCUCUCCUUGCUGGACGCCAUCACGCUGUUCCAGAGUCACGUGGCUCAGCCGCCGCCGCGCCUGUCGCCGGCUUGACGAUGACCUUGAA